CACGUGACCACUCGCGGCGCGGGCUGAUGACGCAGGGUCCCGCGCUAGCCGUUUCAGCGACUGAGGGGAGUUGAGGAAAGGAUUCGGGAUCCAGGUGUGGGAAGUUCGGAUCUAUCAGGCGCAUCUGGAUUGGGCAGCAGGUAAUCGUUUCAAGAUGCCAGGGCGUUCCAGCUCGAACUCAAGCUCCACUGGAUUUAUAUCCUUCAGCGGGAUAGAGUCGGCUCUCUCCUCCCUAAGAAACUUUCAGUCCUGCAUCAGCUCGGGGAUGGAUACAGCGUCCAGUGUUGCUCUGGAUCUUGUGGAAACUCAAACUGAAGUGAGUAGUGAAUAUAGUAUGGACAAAGCGAUGGUUGAAUUUGCCAUAAUGGAUCGAGAACUGAACCACUACGUAAAGGCUGUUCAAUCUGCAAUGAAUUAUGUCAAAGAAGAACGUCCAGAAAACAUACCAGAUUUAAAGUUGCUAGUAGAGAAGAAAUUUUUGUCCUUACAGAAUAAGAAUUCUGAUGCCGACUUUCAAAAUAAUGAAAAAUUUGCACAGUUUAAGCAGCAGCUGAAGGAGCUAAAGAAGCAAUCAAUGAAACCUAAAGAAGAUGGAAGACACAAUGAAUUCGACCAGAUUAAGGAUAAAGAUGCAGGUAGAGCAGGCAAUGAACGAGACGGUCUUCAGGCAGACAGAGAGGCUGAGGCACCGGAAGGAGUUGAUGAAGACAUGAUCGUGACCCAGAGUCAGACCAAUUUCAUCUGCCCCAUUACGCAGUUGGAAAUGAAGAAGCCAGUGAAAAACAAAGUGUGUGGCCACACCUACGAAGAGGAAGCCAUUGUUCGCAUGAUUGAAUCCAAGCACAAGCGCAAGAAAAAGGCCUGUUGCCCUAAGAUUGGCUGCAGCCACACAGAUAUGAGAAUGUCGGAUCUCAUCCAGGAUGAAGCCCUCCGAAGGGCAAUUGAAAACCACAACAAGAAGAGGCACCGCCAUUCCGAGUAGGACAGUGCCUCGGCCCACAGGGA